AUUUGAUACCCUAAUGUUUUAGGAAAUUGAACUUUUAUGCUUUUUUCCCGUUGAUCAAACGUUGGCUUGUAUAUAGGAAACAAAGACCAUCUCUUUCAUUGUUGAUACUCAUGAAGAUUUUCGUCCUCACGUUGUUUGGAGCAACGAUACAUCUGAAUCUAUUCUAUGUAGGGCUUGAUUAUACACCCACAACUGUGGCAAGUGCUUUGAGCAGUACAAUUCCUGCUCUUACUUUUACCAUGGCAGUCUUGUUUUUCAUUCUUCAGGUUAGUCUCCUUCAAAUGUGCUGCUAUGAUCCUUCUCAACAUUGCAUACUUCGGUUAAAGAGCUUACGAAGAUUGAACCAAAAAGCUUUGAUGAUUUUUCUACAGGCAAAGGUUUGCGAUGUUUAUUCAGCAAGAUUAUCGAUGAACACCCUAAUCUACUUCUUCGUAUCCCUUCAGUCUGCAGCAAUUGCCCUUAUCUUUGACAGGAAUGCAUCUUCUUGGAAAUUAGAAUGGAACAUAACUUAUAACAGUCAUAUACUCAGUAUAUAACUUAAUUUGUCCUCUCAUUUAUUAACAGAAAACCUUAUUGAUUCUCAAAGAUUUCGGUACUAAGUUAUGGCUUUGUGCAGGAAAUUGUGAUAUAUGGUCUUUCAUAUUAUUUGUAAACUUUUUGUAUCAGCGACAGCAAGAAAUGACCAAUAUUUGCUGCUAUGUUCUCUCCACUAAACCUUGUUCUAGUGGCACUCUUCUAUGCUUUCUUUUUCGCUGAAAGACUUUAUAUGAGCUGGUAUGCAGGAAAAGAAAGAGAGAGAGAGGUGGGGAAAUUACUAAACCAGGAUUUUUUGUUAUGUAGUAUGUUUUUACUAGAAUUCUUUCUUUUCCUGCAUACCAGCUCAUAUAAAGUCUUUCAGCGAAAAAAAAGCAUAGAAGAGUGCCACUAGAACAAGGUUUAGUGGAGAGAACAUAGCAGCAAAUACUGGUCCUUUCUUGCUGAUACAAAAAGUUUGCAAAUAAUAUGAAAGGCCAGAUAUCACAAUUCCCUGCACAAAGCCAUAACUUAUUACCGAAAUCUUUAAGAAUCAAUAAGGUUUUCUGCUAAUAAAUGAGAAGACAAAUUAAGUUAUAUACUGAGUAUAUGACUGUUAUAAGUUAUGUUCCAUUCUAAUUUCCAAGAAGAUGCAUUCAUGUCAAAGAUAAGGGCAAUUGCUACUGACUGAAGGGAUGCGAAGAAGUAGAUUAGGGUGUUUAUCGAUAAUCUUGCUAGAUAAACAUCGCAAACCUUUGCCGGUAGAAAAAUCAUCAAAGCUUUUUGGUUCAAUCUUCGUAAACUCUUUAACCGAAGUAUGCAAUGUUGAGAAGGAUCAUAGCAACACAUUUGAAGGAGACUAACCUGAAGAAUGAAUCAUACACUAAAUAUGGCAUUGACGAUGAAUAUAAGAAGGGAAUCUUUGAUCCAAUCAUCUUUAUAAUGUUUUGAUCCAUGGCCAGAGUUUUUUCCUUGAACUGUAAUCAAAUGCCUCUUAACAAAUCCGGGGAUGAGAGGGUCUUGCCAAAAAGUAAAAAAAAGAGCUCCAGUAAUGCAAACUAAAGCUCCUAUUAACUUUGCUCUCCCCUUUGCAUUUUUAAUCUUGACCUUUUCCAUCUUAGUAAGAAGAAAAAUAAAAAUUCUAUAAACCAAUCUCAAUAAAUUUAUGUGCAUACUUUUUCUUAAUUUGAUUAAAAU